AUGGCACACUCACACCUGCACAGUCACCUGUCCUCAUGUGUGCUCAUAUCAAAGAAUGCUGACAGAUGCAGGAGUUGUGCCUGUCUAAACCUUUUUCUCAUUGUCACAGAUGGACAAUCAAACAUUUCACAGAGUGAGAAUUUAAAUCAGGAUCACAUUUAUGGUCUGGAUGAAGCAGAACUAGAUGUGCUGGGACAGUGUGGAGGAAAGAAGCACUGGACAGUCUGGGAAAAGCUAAAAACAGAGCUCUGGUGUUCAAGUCGGAGGCUGAAGAAGUGUUUCUUGUCUAUUGUUACUCUACUGUCAUUGCUGCCACCGUACUCACUCAGAAACAAUGCUACUGGAGAUCUGAUAUCGGGAAUCAGUCUGGGGAUCAUGCACCUGCCACAAGGAAUGGCGAAUGCUUUGCUGACUGCAGUUCCUCCAGUGUUUCCUUUAUUCCUCCUUCUACCCUGUUCUUAUUUACUUCAUAUUUGGAACACCUAAACACAUCUCAGUGGGAAAGUACUGUACACACAGACGUUUUGAUGUUCAGGAUUAAUGUCAGUCUGAUUGGCUGGUGAUCUGUCUGAUUCACAGGUACUUUUUCUAUCCUUUCCAUCAUGGUCGGUACAGUGACAGGUGAUGCGGUGCUGCCAGGCAGUGGAGGGGAGGAAGAUGA